ACAUUUUGGUGUAAUGUGUGUUCCGUCUUUUUUUUUUUUUGUAUGCAUCAAAUUAUCCCUCUCACUUCCUUGUCGCGUGUUCAAAUAAGUAAACAUGAAUACCGUAUUUUUAGAGAAGAUAUGUCGGUGUUGUUUAAAUGAAAGUGAAUACAUGACGAACUUAUAUGAUCGAGUGAUGGCAAUAGAGUCAUUCACAUUUGAACAAAACUUUACGUAUUCCGAUUUGAUACAUUUGUGCACGAAUAUACGAUGCGAUUUUGACGUAGUCGAUGACAAUGAAAUUGUUGAGUUACCACGAAAUUUGUGCGAACCGUGUUUACAAGAAUUAAAGACUUCAUUUAUAUUCCGUAAAAAGGUUGAAUCUAGCAAUAAUUUGUUACAAAAACAGACCAUUGGUCAGACGGUCAUAACCGAAGAAAUAAUUGAACUUGAUCAAACAAUAAACAACAGCAAUAAUGACAAGGAAAAAUGUGACGAUGAACAACGAUUUGUGGUCGCCAUAAAUGAAGAUAACUCUGAGAAGAAUGACGCGUCCAAUGAAGUUCAACUCCAAAUUGUUUCAGUUCCCAAUUUAGAAUAUCAAACUUCCAAUUUGUGUAGAAUAUGCAAAAAAGUAUUCCAUUCUGAGUCGGAUCUUCAAGCGCAUAAUCGACAACAACAUCAACAGUACAAAUGCAAUGUAUGCUCCAAGGAAUUUCGUACGCAAAAGGGCUUUUCAACACACAGCAAUUCACAUGAUGAACAAACAAACAAACAAAAGUUUCUUUGUUCAACGUGUGGUAAAUUUUUCGGAACUAAACAACGACUUCAAGCUCAUCAAUCAACCCACUCUUGUAAAAUGAACUAUGUGUGUAGCGCAUGUCACAAAAGAUUUGCGACUGAGUCUCGUCUUCGGUGCCAUCAACGUACUCAUACAGGAGAAAAGCCGUUUCAAUGUAAUUACUGUGACUUAACCUUUGCACAAGGUAACGCAUUGAGGUGUCAUAAACGUAUACACACUGGUGAACGUCCAUAUCAGUGCUUAAUCUGCCAAAAACGCUUCACACAAAACACAAUUCUCAAAACUCACAUGACAUUGCACACGGGAAAGAAAAUUAAAUGUCCAGAUUGUGAUAGACUCUUUAGUCGUCGGUCAAAUUUAAUUUUACAUCGUCGCGAACAUACUGGCGAAAAACCCUAUGCGUGUGAACAUUGCCCAAAGCGAUACAAGCAAAAAAGUCAUCUGGAUCAGCACAUUGGUACACAUUUGGGUGUAAAAUAUACAUGUGAAAUAAAUGGAUGUAAUAAAGUUUACUCCAAGCGAUGGUCAUUAAAAGUGCACAUGUUCACCCAUUCACAAGUCAAGCCACAUCAGUGCACAGAAUGCGCUGCGGAAUUUACACGACGCGACAAAUUUAAAAUUCACCUCAAAUCAGUCCAUGGCCUAUUACCGACCGAUCCAAAUGCCACUGAUUCCAAUUUUCCUGUUCAAAACACAAACGAAUAAAUAAAAAGUCAUCAUUUUGUAUAUAAA